AUGUUGCGGUCCCUUACGAGAACCGCAGCAACACACAAUCAUUCAUGGCGCAACAACCUCACCACAAGAGUCUCAUCUCUAAAUUAUUCUUCCAAGUCUCCAACAAAGUCCACUUCCACUUCCAAAACCCCUCCCACCGCCGCAACCGCCGACAUCUUCUUCGACGAACAGGAACGCCUCCGCAAUCUCACCGCCGAUGAAAAGAACCCUUCUCUCAACGUGGGCCCCAACGGAAGACCCCUAUUCACUUCCGCCGCUUCCCUAUCUAAGCUUACCAACAACGACACCUGCACCUACUUCCAGCUCGCGAAGGAGACGUUGGAUGCUGCUUUGCCGGAAGGAUUGCCGAUUGGUAUGUCGAAGGAGUUUCAGGAUUCUAUGCGAACUGCUUUGCUUGUUCGCCAGAGCUUUUUGGAUCUUCGUGAUAACUUCAGACGUGUGGUUGAUCCCCCAAUGUGGUCACCACAUGGUAAAGGAGUCAAAGUUAGGAAGCAAGUUGUUUUAGAUGGUCCUGUUAGUUCUGGGAAAAGCAUUGCGCUUGCAAUGCUUGUUCAGUGGGCUCGAGAAGAAGGUUGGUUGGUUUUCUAUGUUCCCAGAGGAAAGGAAUGGACACAUGGAGGAUUUUUCUAUAAGCAUCCACAAACAGGUCUAUGGGACACACCUGUUCAGGCUGAGAAUGUCCUCAAAGAUUUCUUGAAGUACAACGAAUCCUACCUAAAGCAAUUGCCAUGCCAAAUAUUUGAUCCAAUCCCAUUAGGCGAGGGUGCUGGUGUGGGAUGGUUAAAAGAUGUUGAUUCCAUGGCUGUUCCUGAAGGUACAAUGUUGCAUGAGCUGGUGAAGACUGGCAUUGAACAAACACAUGCAGCUGUUGGAGUGGUAGUUCGUUUGAGGAAAGAGUUAUCACUUGUUAAAGACAUGCCUGUUCUUAUUGCAAUUGAUCAAUAUAAUAACUGGUUUACAUUCAGUGAGUAUGAGGAACCUGUCACAAUUCGUUCAUGUCGGCCAAUACAUGCUAGAGAAAUUACGAUGGUGAAUGCUUUUAGGUCAAUGAUGCAUGAUGACAUGAUGGUAGGUGCUUUUUCUCAUUCAACAGCUGUAGGAAAGCUUCGUAAAGACUUACCAGAUGUACCGAUCGAUGCCCGUGCUAUAUUUCCUCGAUACAGUUUAGAGGAAGCAGACACUGUUUGUCAUUAUUAUUUAAGGCAAAGGCUUAUUCGGCGCGAAGCAUUCACAGAAGAAAAUUGGAAAAAAAUUUACUUCCUAUGCAAUGGAAAUGGAACAGAGAUGAGGGGGUUAGUUCCUUUCAUGCGAUGA